AUGAUUGGUUGCGAUGCGAUUGGACCUUUUGGCAAGGAACCUACAAACCAAGGAAAUCGGUACAUUUUGGUGGCUAUCGAUUAUCUUACACGUUGGCCCGUAGCUAAGGCAGUGCCAGAUAUCACGGAGACCACAACGGCGGAUUUUCUCUAUGAGCAGGUGGUGGUGAAUUAUGGCGUGCCAAACUAUAUCCUGACAGAUCGUGGCAGUAAUUUCACUUCGGGUUAUGUGCGCGAGUUUUUAAGGAAGAUGGAUUGCCGGCAUAUUACUACGACAGCGUAUCGGCCACAGGUGAACGGUUUAUGUGAGAGGAUGAAUGGCACUAUCACAUCAGCAUUGGCGAAGAUUGCACGUGAUCAUGAGGAUAUCCAUCAAUGGGACAAGUAUGUGACCUCGGCUUUAUUGGCAGCAAGAACAAUGGUGAAUGAAUCCACGAAGUAUAGUCCAGCGGUGCUUUUGUACGGUUAUGAAUUGAGGACACCCGCUAUUUGGCCUGCUCCACGAGAGGAUUUUGUUGAAGGAGAAUUGCAUUUGGAAGUGGCAAGUAGAAUUAAGGUGAUCCAGCAUUUGGUUGAUCAAGCAAGGAUUGAAGCACGUGAGCGAACCAAGGAACAGCAAAGGAAGGCUAAGAUGAGAUACGAUGCACAAGUACAUGAAAGACCAAGGUUUAUUGCUGGUGACAUGGUGCUUAUGCGUGACCAACGGCCUGCUGGGAAAUUGGAUGACAAGUGGAUUGGCCCGAUGACUAUUGUUAAGGCGAACGCUGGUGGAACUUAUUACUUACAUGGUCCAAACAAGCAGAGGUUGAAGGGUGCUGUUCAUGGUGACAACCUGGUUCCAUGGGUUGCAAGAACGAGUAUGAUCCCCGAUGUAAUGAUUCAGAAGGCAGACCAGCAGUUUCGUGCUUGGGUGGCUCGCCGAAACGCUUAUUGA